AUGCCUGAUUAUUCGUCCUGGUUUCGCAUUCACAACAGGCUCAAUGUGCCUUUAAUCCAGAAGUCUGAGGCAGUGUACUCCGGUUAUUGGGAAAGAUGGCCACCACAGCGAAUAGAGGGCCAUUCUACAAGUGGCUGGUUUCAAAUUAAAGACAAAUUUGGAUCAUUCGGUUCAGAUGGGGAAGUACAAUAUGACGCAAAUAUUGAUGGCCAAACCUAUACCAUCCAGUUCAAAGCGAAAUGUCCAAGUGGGGAUCCAAAUGAGGCAAAAAUUUGGAAUCUCAGUCCUGGUGAUAAUCCACCAGUGGUGACAGUAUCCUCUAUAUCACCUCACGGACACCCUACGGAAGCUGACUUUGUGGUCAUAUCUCUACACUACAACUGA